CAUCAUUGUGCGUUUUCUCUCCUCAGACAACGCUCGGUCCAUUCUGUCAUGUGUACUGUUUAAUUCAGUGAUCUGGGGCGUUUGUGUUGCUAUUGAAUCGCUAUUUCUUUAUGUAUCGUGACUGUACUUUGUAGUCGACGCUAAUUUAUUUCAACAUGGAGCCCGGGGACGUCAGCGCGGGGGAGAAGGCAGCAUGUCUGUCGGCGGCGCAGAGGAGGGCAGAGAUCCGGAGGAGAAAACUGCUCAUGAAUUCAGAGGACAGGAUGAACAGAAUCGUGGGCUACACUAAAAACGAGUCUGAAAUCAACGCUGCAACGCUCCUGCGUCCCACAGAACCCCGCUUCCACCUCGACCUCGACAGGACCGAGCCGUGGUCAUCAGCCUCAUCUUCCCCGAGACCGUCUCCCUUCCUGCCGGAGGCUUCGGGGCUCGUCAGCCGCUCCCACGGUGCCACCCCAGAGAGGAGGGGCUCACCCCUGCCUGACUCCGGUGAUCCACCGGGAAGCUUUCUGGAAGACGACAUUGUAGGCAUCCAACAGAGGCCGAGGGGGGAGCGGGCAUCAGACGACCUCAGCAGCUCCCCACGUCCAGGCCUCCAGAAGUACCUGUCCCGUUUUGACGAUGCCAUGAAGCUGCGGGGUCAGCUGGCCAAUGAGAAGCCGACCCAGGACGGAGGAGGGUCUGACUCAGAGGAGUUAGAUCCCUUCAGAAUCUUCCGCCUCAUCGGCAGCAUCCUCCUCGCUGUUUUUGUCAGGGUUUUUGUCUGCAAGUUUCUGUCAAUAUUUGCUCCAUUUCUGACCCUCGAACUGGCCUACAUGGGGUUGUACAAAUACUUUCCAAAGGUAGAGAAGAAGGCCCAGACCACUGUGCUGACCGCUGCCCUGUUGCUGUCUGGCAUCCCCGCUGAGGUCAUCAACCGCUCCAUGGACACCUACAGGAGGAUGAGUGACGUCUUCGCCGACCUAUGUGUUUACUUCUUCACCUUCAUCCUCUCGCACGAGUUCCUGCUGCUCAUUGGCUCAGAGACUCCCUGAUGGACCAGGAGGUUCUCAGUAACCCCGCACCCCCCUUCUUGUUGUCCCCUCCCUCUGUCUACCAUAGCAACAAGGCAUGGUCAUUUACGUCGGCUGAAGUGGGUUUGUUGUUGACAGUCUGGAAAGUCAUCCUUACUGCCUUAUGAUCAGGGUCUCUACAUGUGAGAGUCCAGUGUUUGUUGCAGGUCUCUUAGUCAUUUGCUCUGGACUGAACCUGAGAAACAGAAAGACAGGAUGUAUUUGCUUGUGCCCAGAAUGUACAGCGGCAUUUAUCGUGCCGAGUGAUAUUUAUUUGUCAGGUCUAGCACAGAAAAUGCUAAAUGUCAUACUCAAGAGUGGACCCCAGUACAAUUCAUCAUCAGUCUGGCAGCCACAGAUUCCAUUUAUCUUAUGAAUGGGGAAACACUGGAGUCCCUCAAGGGCUGCCCGAUAUUUCUCUAACUAACUCAUUAAUAUAAAAAAUUCCGAUAUUGACGCUUAUGCAAGUGUAUGCCAAAUCCAAGUUAAACCAAUAGAGGGCAGCAAAUGUAUGACUCUCAGGCGCUGUUAAGUUGUUCUUUAAAAACAAAUGUUUGCAUGGAAUCAUUCAUUUAAAGUGAGAUUAUGUCACUUUUGCUACACAGCGGCCUCUGUGGCCACCAGCAGCGAUUUCAGGAGCAAGUUAAAUGCUAAAAUGUAGUGCAACAGUAGCACAGGUUAGAGAAUACGUCAGCGAACUGACUCAGUAAUGACCUUAGCUGCAUAGGUGUAUUGAAUUGAUAAACACUAUGUUUUAUUGUUUACAAAGUCAGCUUUUCAUCUGUAAGAAGAAGAAGAAUGUGUUAUUUGUUAAAUAACAGAUUUACUGAAAGCUGAUAGAGAAUAAUAACGCCAUGGGUUCUUCUAUAUCCUAAUAAUCUCCAAAAAUGGCGCAUAAGCUGGGCAGGGUUUUAUUCUCAGCUAAUACGAUGCAGACUCCUCAGCAGGUGUCUGGCUUUGGAGCUAGUUGAUCUCCCAACUAGAAUACAGCACUAUGAAUAUCUUUUUUUUUUUCAUAUGAGUCAGCCCUACAGUGCGUCAGGCAGUGAAACUAACCUUCACGUAACUCUGAUAGCCUGCUGAAUAACGGCAGCCUUUUUAGGUUAAAGCUUCAUACAUUUAGUAAAAAAAUCCACUUUGUGUGAGGAGGUGUAUUGGGGCACGUGAUCGGUUAUUAUUAACAGUUGAUGACUGAAUUAAGCAGAAAGCUUAAGACUGAUAGAGGCGGGUGGUUUCUUUUUCCCCUCAUACAUAAUGUAUCAAGCAGAAGAAGACCUUAAGGCUUUGCAGUUGUGUCACUAAUAGCAACCAUCGUAAAGGUCCAAAGUUUCCUUUUAACACUUUUGUUUCAAGGAACCAAAUUGUUUGUAAUGACAUAGAGUUUUAGCACCAUUUAAAAAAAAACGUGUUUUAUUAGUUACUGACUUUAUUCUCAGGAUUCUGACUUAAACUUUGAACGGAUUUGUUAUUUUUUUUCUUGAAUUCUGUGAAUAAACUCAAAAGACGUGACAUUUGUUUUCACAUAUGGCCCUCUUCUCUGCCAUAUAUACAUAUAUCAGCUAGCAAGAAAAGUAGAUGUUUGGAUACAGGAAAUAAACAAGUAUGAAUUGAGGACAAAUUACAUUUUUCUGGAUCACCUCAAAUGUAAAGUUUGUUAUUUUUAGUUCACAAAGCAUCAGGAACAGUUACACACAUGGCCCUCCAGCGUUAAGUUAGUGGAAGAUUUAAAAGAGUUUUAGUUUAGAAGUAUUUAACAGUAUCCAGUUCCUGAUAAUUUUAAUUUGUGUCGUAAGAACUCAAACUCCCCUUUAAUGGAUAUGAACUAUAUGUGUUUGUGUUGUGACAGAUUUCCUCAUAGGCAUUAGGCAGUGCUUUAAGUUAUAUUUUCUGUUGCGAUCUGUAAUCCAGUGUUCAGAAGGCCGACCCAUGCUACGAACAAGUUUUUUUUCCCCCUUGUUUUAAGUUGUAAAGUCAGAAGAAGCAUGUAGUCCUCGAAUGUAGUGUAUUAUUUUGCACGGCUAUGAGUUAUAAAAUGCAGUAAACGUUAUACAGUAUAAGUACGUUAUAAAAAGUGUGAUUGAUGAGAAUGUUUUUGGUUUCACUGGAAAGUACUGUCCCUGCAAAUGUAUGUGGGGCAGUGGGAGUUUGUACACUUCUUGUGUUAAGUAAUUCUGGUGAUGUGUCCAGUGUUCAUACAUACUUCAUAUAUACUCUCUACUACGUUUGUGCUGUAAUGUCCUCUCUCUAUACUUCUUAGUACAUCCAAAUUAAUUUAUUGAUGUGAAUAUCUUUUUUUCAUGUAAAUAAAUUGGUGUGAUUUGUCCUA